AUGUCCAAACCAUCUGCUGCCGUUGGCACUCCCGUAGCAACCACAGCACCCGCUCCUACUACUGCUGCUUCAUCUGAUAAUACCAAAGAUUCUUCUCAACCCAACAAUAGUAAUAAUAACAGUGCGCCGGCUUCUAAGCCUCAAGAAUCAUCUUCCGAAACUGGAAAUAACCCGCUUCCUUCAUUAUCCGCAAUACCCACUAUUAGCGUGGCAAAUGGAGCGAGCCCAUCAUCAGCCACAGUGAGCGCCACUCAGUCAGGUAGUGUUGAUCCAACAUCAACUGAUAGUGGCAGUAGUAGUGAUAGUGGUGGCAUGUCAGCAGGUGUAAUGAUUGGUGGGAUGAUGGCUGCUACCUUAAUUAUCGUUGUUUUUAUUACAUAUCUUGUUCGUCGAAAGAUCCGAAGUAAUAGACAGAAUGCUAGACGUGCAUCUCACAGGCUUCACGAUACAGAGUAUAAUGAUACCUACGCAAUUGGUCAACCAACAUAUUUCGAAGAGAAACAUGGGUCCAAUCCACGUAGGUCAAUUAUCAGACCUAACAAUAAUCAGAUUAGCAGUCCCGAUUCUGUUUUUGUGGAUCCAAACCCUAAAGUGAACUUUGCUCCGGUGAGAGGACAACGUCAGAGUAUCUAUAGACAAAGUACGGGUGUCAUGUAUGAACCUCCACGUUCUUUGAUGCCAGUAAAUGGAAAUUAUGCUUCACCGUUACCUACAAAUAAUGGUUAUUAUGCGAAUUAUGAUGAUUAUAAUACGGAAGUAAUGGGUCAAUAUCAGCAACAGUAUCUGGAUACAUCAUCUGCGUAUGUACCUGAAUCAAACUAUACUGCCAAUCAUCCGAUACAAAGAUCUCCUACUUAUAUCCGAGAGCAUAGUUAUGAAGAUCAUGGACCUUCAUCUCCUUCACCUCCGCCUGGUCAUUAG